AAUGCAUACGGGUUUGGCGCUAGAAUACCUUCAGUGGAUGAUAAAGUCCACUACAAUUUUCCCUUGCGUGGAUGGCGUUCUCGAAGCCUACAGUAUUGCCCAGUCCAAAGUUGAAUUAAGUGGCCCAACCGAUUUUACCCCAACAAUUCGCUUAGCAGCAAGAAGGGCAGCUUCUCUGCCUGAAAAUGGCUGCAAAUAUUGUGCCUCCUCAUUGCCUUUAUCAAUAAUUGUAGUUGGUGUUGGUUAUGAUACUUUUGAUGAAAUGAAAGUUUUAGACUCUGACAAUAGACUUUUAUGUUCACACAAAAAAUAUGCAAAAAGGGACAUUGUUCAAUUCGUUCAAAUCCGCAAAUUUUUGCCACCUCACCGGACUAUGACUGAAUUAGAAUUAGCACAAGCUAAGGCUAAACUAGCCAAGGAAGUGCUAUUUGAAGUUCCUGGACAAUUAAUUGGAUACAUGAAGUCUAAAGGAAUUUCCCCUCGCGAUCCUGAUAAUCCUUUCAGUGAAAAUGACCGACAAAUAUUAAUUUCCCCAGCAGCUCAUCGACUACGUGAUUCCUCGACGUCGGGAGUAAAUGCUCGAAGAAGUAGCAGCUUAAAAACAAGCAAAGAAAUUUUGGCUGGAAUACAGACAAGGCCUAGAAAAUCUGUGACCGCCCAAUAUUCUGGAUCUCCCCGUACACAUCGCCGAUUAUUACCCACACCUCCAGCACAAGAUAAUGAUAACUAUAGUAAUUCAAGUAAUGGUGAAGAUGAAGAAAGAUUAAAUGAUAAAAUGCAAAGAGCACAUUUCUUUUGAUUUUUUUAAUUGAGAUUUUUUUUAAUUUUUGCCUAACAAUGGUCACUCACUCAAAUUGUAUUUUUUAUAAAAUUAUUUUUUAAAAAAUAUUUGUUUUUUCCUCAUUUUUACACAAUCUAGUUUUACAUUUUUUCAAUAUUUUCCUCUAAAAAUAAAACAUUACAAUAGUAAACCCCUUGAAAAAAAAAACUAAUUCUCUCACACAAAAUAGCAACUUUAGCAGCCCAUACAUCAGAGGUAUUUUUCGCCUCUUCGACGUUGACUUCCGCUUUCUAAAAGCGGUUUCGGCACAUCCCUCUAUACAUAU